AUGGAGCUUGAGCCCAAAAUCAUUUCAUCUCCCAUCUUCUUAGUCUUCAUCUUCUUAUUCAUUAUCUUUAUCCUAAUAUGGAGUUCAACAAAACCAAAAUCUUCAAACUCCAAAUUACCACCAGGACCACCAAAACUACCUCUUAUAGGAAACAUGCACCAACUUGGUUCAAUGCCUCAUCAUAGCCUAAAAAAACUAUCACAAAAAUAUGGACCAUUAAUGCAUAUAAAACUAGGUGAAAUUCCAAUCAUUGUUGUAUCUUCACCAGAAAUCGCCAAACAAAUAAUGAAAACACAUGACACCAAAUUCUCAAACCGGCCACAUCUUCUAGCGGCUGAUAUCAUAACCUAUGGUUCAAAAGGCAUAACAUUUUCACCAUAUGGUACUUAUUGGAGACAAAUGAGAAAAAUUUGCACCUUUGAACUAUUAACACCAAAACGCGUUGAAUCGUUUCGUUCGAUCCGGGAACAUGAGGUGUCAAAUAUUGUGAAAGAGAUAAGGUUGAGUGAAGGGUCGUCCAUUAAUCUUUCUAAGAUGAUUGGUUUGUUUUCUUAUGGCCUAACAUCAAGGAUCGCAUUAGGCGGAAAAUCUGAAGAUCAAGAAGCGUUUAUGGUUGCUAUGAAGGAUGUUACGAAACUAAUCGGUGGUUUUUCUCUAGCUGAUUUGUUUCCUUCUUUUAAAGUUCUUCAUGUUUUGUCAGGUAUAAGGUCUAAAUCUGAGAAGGUGCAUAGAGAAUUAGAUAGGAUUCUUGAGAAAAUUCUUAGAUAUCAUAAACGGGAUACAAGUUUAGAAACAAAGAUAAAUGAUGAAAAAGAUGGUGAAGACUUAGUUGAUGUGCUGCUAAGGCUUCAGAAGGAGAAUAACCUUGAACAUCCUCUAUCUGAUAGUAUUAUCAAAGCAAACAUGUUGGAUAUAUUUAGUGCGGGAAGUGGUACAUCAUUCAAAGCUUCAGAAUGGGCAAUGUCAGAACUUAUCAGACACCCAAAAGUGAUGAAGAAAGCACAAACAGAAGUAAGAAGAGUGUUUGAUGCAAAAGGGUUUGUAGAUGAAGCAAACAUUCAUGAGCUAGAGUAUCUAAAGUUAGUUAUAAAAGAAACAUUGCGUCUACACAGUCCCGUUCCAUUGUUACUACCAAGGGAAUGUAGUGAAAGAUGUGAAAUCAAUGGAUACGAGAUACCGGCGAAGACUAAGGUCAUUGUUAAUGCUUAUGCGAUUGGAAUGGAUCCAAACUAUUGGAAUGAGCCUAACAAGUUUUGUCCGGAAAGGUUCAUUGAUAGUGAAGUUGAUUACAAAGGUGUGGAUUUUGAGUUUAUUCCAUUUGGUGCUGGAAGAAGAAUGUGUCCUGGUAUAACAUUUGGUGUUGUUAAUGUUGAAAUAUUGCUAGCAAAUUUGCUUUUCCAUUUUGAUUGGAAAAUGGUUGAUGGAAAUAAGGGUGAAGAACUUGAUAUGGCUGAAUCUUUUGGUUUGUCUGUAAAAAGGAAACAUGAUUUGUAUUUGAUUCCUAUUGUGUAUCAUUCAUCUCAGUAG